UAAGAUCGAUCGAAGAGAAACGGCCACAAGUUUGUAGAGAAGUUGAUCCAACUCAAUUUGCAGACAAUUUUUGGAUGGAGAAGUCCUAUCUGAAGAUCUCUCGUUAAUAUGAAGACGGCAUGAGCCAUGAGCAUUGUGGAACAUUGGUGGGCAGUUUUAUGGUCAGUUAGCAUCAUUUCUCUUGCAACUUGCAAUACAGCUCAGCAGAAAUGUCCACCCUGGGAACAGUCGUCCUGGUGUCCAUGCUACCAAUUCGAAGAUGGAAUUUUCAUGGAGUGUUCAUCAGUGGGCCUGGUCGAAGUACAGAAGACACUCUCUUUGAUAUCUUCUUCCAUCAAAUCACUUAGCAUCUUCCACCUGGAUAAGAAAAUCAAGAGGCUACCUCAUCUCUUAUUUGCAAACUCAACAAUAUCUCACUUGCAGAUAUCCUUCACACAAAUACAGCACAUAGACAGUAGGGCCUUUGCCAAUCUCGAGUAUAACUUAGAAGGCCUCUCGAUUAUAAACAGUCACUUAACUAAGGUCCCAACAGAUGCCCUUAACGAUUUGCGUGCCUUGAAAUCUCUCGAUUUAGAUUCGAAUUAUAUAAGCCAAGUUUCGGAUUAUCAGUUCUAUGGUUUGCCAUUAAUUUAUCUUAAUUUGCAAGAUAAUUUCAUUGAUAAUUUUACGGAUUAUUCAUUAGAAGGCCUGGAGGAGACGUUAGAAGAAUUCAUUAUAUCCGGUAAUUUCUUGAAAGAUUUGCCUUUUGAGCCGCUAAACGCUUUAAAAAAGCUUAAAAUUCUUAAAUUAGCGAGGAAUAGGAUCGAAAUUAUGAAGAAAAAUCGAUUACUCAGGCUUAAAGAACUUAGGAAUCUCGACUUAAGUUCCAACUUGAUCACGAAAUUUCAUGGUGAAAUUUUUCAAGAUUUGCUCAAAUUAUCUACGUUAUCUCUUGAAAUUAAUCGGAUAAAUUCGAUAGAAGGUCCACUUGAACUUCCUGAAUUGAAGACCCUUAAUAUAAGCCACAAUCACCUCAUAACACUACCCAGGACUGUGUUUUCUUCAUUGAACAACCUGCGAUUCGUCGACUUGAGUUAUAAUCACAUACACUACAUACCGAAUGGUGUUUUUCAUAAUCUAACAUUUCUUAAGGAAGUAUUUUUAUCAAAUAACAAUAUUUUGAAGAUAUAUAACGAUACUUUUUACAAUGCAACUCACCUCUCGCUCCUCUCCUUAAGUAACAAUGUUUUAGAUAAUUUAGAGGCGGCAACUUUCUAUUCUUUGCACCAUCUGACACACCUUUACUUAUCUUAUAAUCAAUUGAAGCAUCUACACCCCCUAAUAUUUUCAAAAAAUCGAGAAAUGCAAUACUUGGCUCUGGAUCACAACGCCAUGUCUGAAAUCUUUGAAGGUACUUUCGAGGGUACUUCACAGCUUUCAGUUUUAAAACUACAGCACAACUUUAUACAGAAGAUAAAAAGGAAUGUCUUUUACCCCCUUUCGAAACUGGAACGACUCGAUUUACAAUUUAAUCAAAUUAACCUGAUAGAGCACGAAUCGUUUCAAAGUCUCACCAAUCUUCGCCAGUUGAAUUUAGAGGGUAACCAACUUCUAAUUUUAGAUGAUAUCCUGAGAAGGUACCCCUCUAAUUUACUGUUUAUCAAUUUGACACGUAACCAGAUUAAUAAAAUACAUCCAAACACCUUUAAAGGGCAGAGUAAAUUAGAUAUCAUGUAUAUGAGCAGUAAUAAAUUGCCCACGCUUAGCAAUUACAUGUUCCAAGAUUUAGUAGAAGUGAGAAAAUUAUAUUUUGAUCACAAUUUCAUAUCAACCAUAGAAAAUAAAGCCUUUGAAGGCACGAAGAAGGUUGUUUAUAUCAAUUUAGAAUAUAAUAAUUUAAGUUUUUUAACCAUAGAUAUGUUUGGAGGUGUGGAGACCUUAGAGGAACUUUACUUGAGCCAUAAUCAAAUAAUGGAUAUAGAGCCACAGACACUUCAGAGUCUACCAAAAUUAAGGGUGUUGCAUCUAUCUCAUAAUCAAAUUUAUGUGAUCAGAAGGCAUAUGUUUGAAGGUGGUAUGCCACUCGAAGAACUUAGAUUAUCUAAUGUGAUGGCUAGUGGUGUUGAAACAGGUUCGUUCUUGGAGUUGUCCUCAUUGAAUUAUCUUGAUAUCAGCAAUAACAGGUUGAAUAAUGUUCGGGUUCGUUUCUUGUUCCUACCAGCUCAUACUUUACCGGGUCAUAAUUUCACUAAAGUGAACGAAAAUUUAUUCUAUGGUCUUUCUAGUUUGACGAGUUUGGAAUUGGAGAACACAGGAUUGACUUUAAGCGAUCAUCUGUUUGAUCCUUUACCAGGAUUAACGUCGAUUAAUCUAAAUAACAAUAGGAUUAAGGAGAUAAGCAUGGAAUAUUUUAGGAUAUUCGAAUUUUUGACCGAAUUACACGCGAAUAAUAACGAAUUAGCAAAGGUGCCAGAAGCUAUGAAGAUCUUGAAGAAGAUUAGAAUGGUUUCGCUUUCAAAUAAUAAAAUUUCUGUGAUCAAAAAUGAUACUUUUAGGUCCAAUUCUCACUUGGAAAAGUUAAUACUAAGCAAUAAUAAUAUAUAUAUAAUUGAAUUGGGUUCCUUUAUGCACUUGAAGCACUUAAAUUUACUAGAUUUGAGGAAUAACAGCUUAAGAGAUACAUCGUUCUUUCCAUCAUCUUCCUUACGUACAGUUAAUAUGAGGAACAACAGAUUAAAGAGGAUACCGAGAGAACUUUGCAGGGGUGUAAAGACCCUCAUAUUGGAUAACAAUCGCAUAGAAAGUCUCAAUAGAGGUAACAGUACUAUAGAAAAUUCCUGCACUAUAACGGAGUUGAGCAUCAGGAGUUGUAACAUCUCCAUCAUCUCCGUUCACGAUCUUCACGAUUUUUCUCGUUUAAUAAAGAUAUUCGCAAGUAAUAACUUUAUAAAGCUUAUUGUACCUGGUUCCUUCCGUCCUUUAAGUAGAUUAAAAUACCUCGAUAUAUCGCAUAAUUUGUUAAAAAGUAUAGAAAACGACACUUUCGAGGGGUUAUCACGUUUGAGAGCUUUAAAUCUGAGUUCCAACUUCCUCUCCCGUUUGACUCCUUUCGGCGACUCUUUAGAGAAUUUGGAGGCUUUAGACUUAUCCUAUAAUAAAUUAAGUGUUGUAGACGAUAAUUUUUUCGCAAAUCUACCGAAUCUACAAACGAUAUCCCUUAAGAGUAACAUGAUUAGUUGGUUAGCACCCAACGCAUUCAAGAACCAAGUGCACUUAAGCCAGUUGGACUUGAGAGAUAAUAAAUUGUCCUAUUUGAAUCAAAAUAUCUUAUCUACCAUUGAAAUAAAGCUGAAAGAAAUAUAUUUAUCAGGUAAUAAUUUACAUUGCGACUGCGAAUCCUUAAAACUAAGAACGUGGAUCUUCGAGCAUCCAUCUCUGUUCAGUUCUUCCAUGGAUUAUCUAUGUCAUACGCCGGAUAAUCUAGCAUCUAAAUCACUAUCGACUCUCAAAGAAGAGGAAGUGUGCCCGGAUCCUAGGAUACUAUACGUUCGUGCCGUGAACGUUAACAAAAAUCAAGCAAUCGUUAGCUGGGAGAUAACAGGAGAAAUCGAUAAACUCAUCUUAACUUACUAUAAAUUCGGGGAUAAAGAAAAAUUAAAGAGAAACUUAAGCGUUGAUUUGAAUUACGAAAAAAUCAAUGACUUAAAUUCUUCAUCCCAUUACGUUGUAUGCCUGAUGUUGAAGGCAAGAAGGAGGCAUCAGAUAAUUAAGAGCGAGGAGUGUACAAAGUUCGACACUUCGAUCGAUCAUCGAAUCAUCCAGGAUGAUGAAUUACCAUUAAAUUAUGUUAUUAUAGGAUCGAUUUGCGGCUCGAUUUUUGUAAUAGUCAUUAUAUUAAUUAUACUAGCAAUUUAUAAACGAAGGAAGAAAUCUUCAUCUCAUCAGGAUAGACAACCUACGCCCCCUCCUUAA